AUGUCUCCUUGCGCCUUCCCCGUUUCUCGAACUCCUCUGUUUCUUUUCUGCUUUGGCGAACGUGUCGUCACCGAAUUGACACGUCUGCGUUUUGACUCGCCGCAGGGACACCAUCCCGCGCUUCGAACGCGAAUCAACGCGUUCCACGCCGCGCUGAUGGCGACCGACCCGCCUAUCGCAGGUCUACACGAGUCGGUGCUCGUCAACCCGCGCCGCCUGCACCUCACACUGGGCGUGAUGAGCCUCGCCGGCACCGGCACCGGCACCGGCACGUCCUCAGACACGCCCCCGCAAAAGACGCUGUACGACGCCUGCGCGUUCCUGCGAGUCCUUCGGCCCCAGAUCCUGCGCGAGCUCCACGGAAGCCCUCUCCGCGUGCCCUUAACCUCGAUGGACAUCAUGAAACCCGAGCGGGGUAAUCCCGAGCGAGCACACGUCCUUUGGGCCGGACCUGCGCGGCCUGCCGAAGGCACGCUGGACGAGGAGUACGCGCGCCUCGAACGCGUGAGCCGCCUCAUCAAUAGCGAGUUUCGUCGCGCGGGACUGGUCGUCGACGAACACCGGCCUCUCAAGGUGACUUUCCCUCCUUCCCCGAAUCCAGACGUCCGGCCGCAGUCGUGCGGCUCAUGGUUCGACCGAGACCUCCACUGCACGCUGAUCAACACGGUCUACCGCAAGCCGCGCCCUUCGCGCGGGCAGCGCCUGCCGUUCUCCUACCCUUCCGUCCUCGCUUCUCCCGCCUUCGGCCAAAUCGCCCCCGCCACUGCCGCAGGACCCGUUUCCGCCGCCGCCACUGACACAGCUCCGGCAGUCGUUCGAACCUCAAACCAGGAACGGACGAAACAGAAGGGCCCGGUCGAAGUCGACCUCGGCACCUGGACCGUGGACGAGGUGCAGAUCUGCGAGAUGGGGAGUCAGGGGCCGGAGGGCGAGUACGUGUGCGUGGGCAGGAUUUCGCUCCCGUGUUGA